AUGGGGGCAAAUGUCAGACCAUUUUCGACUACUACGACUCGUCGGGUCGCGUCUCUUCUUCCGACCACAAUUUCGCCGCGCCCGAAGGAGCUGGGCACAUCGCCCCGGCGAGAAGACAGCACCGGCCGAAGCGCGAAGCGCAGUGCUGCGGGCAGCGUCAGUCCGCGCCACCGCGAUGAUGCCUUAGUUCUACGUGCCCAGUUCUCCGUGGGCGACCGGGUGGAGUACCGCAGUGACACCCACCGGCAGUGGUUGCCGGGGACGGUGCAACGUAUCCGAGAAAAUGGGACCAUCUACGAUUUGGAUGUGAAAAAAGGAGCUCAAGCCAGCAAGCUGAGAAGGGCCUUGGAUGAUCCUCUCGACCGUGAGGUGACGGCCAGGCCUUUCAGAGCAGAGCCCGUGACCGCGGUCUACAGGGAGUCCAAGGAGCCUCGUCGCCCCCGCGACCUGAGCACCGAGCGAAGAUCCCCGAGAGAUCGACGGAGCGAAGAUCCCCUGGAGCGAGCCAUGGAAAAGACCGAGGUUCAGGACGGAGCAGUGGUGGGCUGGGCCGCCAACGCAGGCCGUGAGAUGGCCUCACGGGCUGGUGCCGUCACAGUACGCAGGAUGGUCCAAACGACCAAGCUGCUCCUGCAGAACCUGGAAACAGCUCUGAUGCUUCGUGCGGGCUUUUUGGCCAAUUGCUAUCACAGAUGGCAUUUGGAGGUGCAAUUUGCCAAGUUGGAUGCUCAUCACCGAGAGGAACUGGAACAGCAUCAUGAUGCCUGGGCCGCGCAUUUUAAGAAUCACCAGCUGAGCUUCGAGGAAGAGCUCGCGAAGCAUGCGCGGCAUCAAAUGACCGCGAAGGAGAAGCGCCAGCAGCAGGCCAUGCUCAUUGACGCCUGGGCUCAAUGGAAGCUGGGUGGAGGGCAAAAGCAAGGGCUUGAAGCACAGCUGCUUCCUCUCGUGGCAUCAUCAAGCUCAAAGCGAAUCCUUGGCGUCUCGCUGGAGAACACCGCGAGAGAGAUGAGAGAUGAGAGAGUUUUUGGAGAGGUUAGACAAAAGGAAGCAGAAUUGGCUUCUGCCAAGGGCUCCUUUGAGAAAGACAAGGCUGCUCAAGACGCUGCAUUCAUGCGAAAGCUUCAAGAGAUCGAAAGUAAGCGGAGAGACAACACCAGUGGUGUCGAAGCAGUGCUGGCGAGCUGGGCCAAAGGAAAGAGCAAGGGCUCGAUGGCGCUGGUUUGGAAGCACUGGAUCACUUGGUCCAAGGACCGCGCGCGGCGCGACCGACGCCACGAAGGGAUCCAACUGCAGCUGCGGCGCUGGGCGGAGGGCGAUCGCCGCGGCCUCGUGCAUGGAGUUUGGCUGCGCUGGCGCCAUGAGGCGCAGCAGCGGAGGACCGCCUUGCAGGCGCAGAAGGCCGUGGAGUCCGAGGCGAAAAAACUCGAGAAGCUCCUGGACGAUGAGAGGAGGAGGGCAGCAGCUUUGGAGAAGCAAAAUGCCAUGUCUGCGGAACAGCGGAAGGAAGCUGCCAAGAGGCUAAUGCAGUAUGUUGCGGCAAAAUGGGAGUACGGUGACAAGAAGGGAACUCUCAAAGGCAUCAUGAAGGGUUGGUGCAGCUAUGUGCUGGAUGCCAAGCGCCACUCCAGACGUCGCCAAGGAGUCCAUGAUGCCGUGCUCAAAUCUCUGCUUGGAGAGGCCCGCGGUAGCGCCAAGCUCGCCUUGAUGAAUUGGCAUAGCUUGACGAAGGAUGAGAAACGCAUGCGUCAGAUGGAAGACGUGGAGCGGAAAGCCAAUGAGAGGUUGGACAACUUCAUGAAGGACAAAGAUGCCGAGCACGAGAAGAUGCUCCAGAAGGCUUACAACUCGGUCGAUGCCAUCAAGGCCAGAGCUCAUCAUGCCACACAGAUGGUCUUGAGAAGAUGGAUGGGUGGCGACCGAAAAGGGAUCCUGUCACAGUUUUUCCAGGACUGGCAAGAAUACGUCAAGGUGAAGAUGCACUCAGCAGCGCAAAAGCAGAGUGUGAAAGAUUCGGUGAUGCGAUGUUAUCUGGGAUGGAUGAACUACGUGAAGUUUGAAUUGAAGCAUCAUCGUUUGGCCCAACAGCAGCAGAAAAAACUAGAGGACCUUGAGAUGCAAAUGUCCAAAAUGCAGCAGAAGCGCGAACACCAGAUGAUGAGGUGUGCUGAAGCUUUUGCCGGUAAAGGGAGCGUGCUCAAAGGAAUGGUUCUUCGACAGUGGCAUGAGCAGAGUGUGGGGGAGAACGCAAAAAUGGAAGCCGAGCGCGAACGGCUUGUGCAUCUCAAGGAGCUCGAGACACAGAAGCAGCAAGCGGAAGAGCUUCGCAAAGAACGAAUUGCUCGGGCGCUGGAUGGCAUGGGCUGUCGGCGCACUCGUGUAGUUCUGACCGAGCAGCCUGGUGUAGUUCUGACCGAGCGGUUCUUCUCCGGCUGGGCCGCUGUCUAUGACAAGGCCAAGCUGGAUCAGAUGUACCGAUUGGAACACAACGAGCAGAUGCUGAAAUAUUCCCAGUUCAUGCUCGGGCAGAAGUUCCGUAAGGAUGCCAAGGCCUUGCAGGCAGAGGUCUUCUCUGCUUGGCACAUCCAUGGCCGCUUCGAAGCCCACGAAGCGCAUCACGAAACGCUGCAGGAACGCCUGGCUCAUGCCAACUCCGAUAUCCAGCAGCUGGAGCAUCAUUGCGCAGACCUUCAGGAUGAGCUGCAGAUGUACUACCAGCAGAUUCGGGAUAUCACCAACACUCUUCAAAAGGAGCUCCAAACCAAGGAGGAAUUGGCCUCUGAACUUCGGGACGCCUAUGAAAAGCUCCGCACGGCGAAGGCGCCGCCCGGGGGCGACACCGGUCGCUCCGCCGGCAGCGAGCCGCGGCCCCGCGCGCCGGGCGCGGCGACGCCUCGGAGCCAGCGCACGCCGCGCGACCGGGAGCCGCUGGGGAUACGGUAUCAGGAUGGAGGCACUGCAGCCACAGCGCCGGUGUCGGCUCUCGGGCCGAACAAACGGGAAGCCUCUGCGAUGUCCUCGGCGUCGACGGCACCCACGCUGCCACGCAGGAUACCACGUGGCGAGGCGGCUGGAUUACAGACUUCAAGGGCUGGUGUAAAUUUCUUAAUCGAAGGGCGGUGAUGUAAAGACUUGAAAGCGAGAGAGAGAGAGAGAGAGGGAGAAGAGAGCGUUGAUUCAAAGCGAGCCACUUUUACAUUUGGACAGUUUUACAUCGAGUCAUGUGCGCUUCAGCAUGGAGAACGACCCGUCUUCCAGCGGCAGGACUCACCGUCCAAGUGUGAUUGGCGAGCAGCAGUGCAACGCAUGAAUGAGGAGGGCCUUGUGCACUUGGACAGUUAGCAAGAAAAGUCAGCGUGCUGAAUGGAAAGGAAUUGCCAAAUGGCACAUCCUAAUGCUUUGUACUGGGUGCCAUUAUGCAUACCAUUACUGUAGAAUUUGUUGCAAAAGGACCCGCGAAUUUUCUCACAAAGGUAGAGUCAGAGAUCAUGUUACCCCAGCCGCAUUGCAGGGACAUGUACACUAGAAACCUUGGGUGCUUGAAAAUUUGUCCACAAGCAGACCCAUGAGCUUUCACCUGGCGCA